GUGCCAUUUUUGGAACGGCGCCGUUUCCUCCGCAAACGGAUCUACCAUUCCAUGUCUACCCGUUGCUUCGUAAUUUGCUUGAACACAAAACACAGAAAGAAUUGCAGCCAUCUGCAUCAGGAGCUCUGGUUUCAGUGUGAUUUGCUCUCCGGCUUCGCUAUAAUCGAGCUGUGAAUCGCGAUUCAAAUAUCAAAUAAAGCUAUGGUGAAAGACACUACUUACUACGACAUAUUGGGCGUUAAAGUUGACGCAUCCCCUGCAGAGAUUAAGAAGGCGUACUACUUGAAGGCAAGGGUAGUUCAUCCAGAUAAAAAUCCUGGAGAUCCUAAGGCUGCAGAAAAUUUUCAGGUGCUUGGAGAGGCUUACCAGGUUUUGAGUGAUCCCGAGAAGCGUGAAGCAUAUGAUAAGAAUGGAAAGGAAGGAGUGCCACAAGAUUCCAUGAUUGAUCCCGCAUCUGUAUUUGGAAUGCUUUUUGGAAGCGAAUAUUUUGAAGAUUAUGUUGGAGAACUCGCAUUGGCUUCUCUGGCAUCUAUAGAAGUUGAAGAAGACACACAUGAUCCUGAAACUCGUAAGCAAAUAAUUCAAGAAAAGAUAAAAGCAUGGCAGAAGGAAAGGGAAGGAAAGCUUAUUGCCACUUUAAAAGAUCGCCUGCAGCCAUUUGUUGAUGGUCGAGUAGAUGAGUUCACAAAAUGGACAAAUUUAGAAGCACAGCGUCUUUCUCAAGCUGCAUUUGGUGAGGCCAUGCUACAUACAAUUGGUUAUAUAUAUACGCGAAAAGCUGCAAAAGAACUGGGAAAGGACAUGCGGUAUAUGAAGGUUCCCUUUUUGGCAGAGUGGGUUAGAGGUAAAGGACACAUGGUGAAGUCACAAGUGAUGGCAGCUUCAGGUGCUGUGUCCUUAAUUCAAAUACAAGAUGAGCUGAAGAAGCUAAGUGAUGGAGAAAACAAAGAAGAAAAUGUUCUAAAAGUUAUUGAAGAUAAGAAGGAUGCUAUGAUUAAUUCCCUUUGGCAGAUCAAUGUGGUUGAUAUUGAAACAACUCUGUCACAUGUCUGCCAAGCUGUUCUUAAAGAUCCCAGUGUGUCUAGAGACGUUUUGAAACAACGGGCUCAAGCCUUGAAGAAGUUAGGAACGGUCUUCCAAGGUGCUAAGGCUGCUUACAGUAGAGAAAACAGUUUACGCCAUGAAAGUGCCAAAACUGGAGAUGCUGCUUCAUCAUCAUAGUCAUCUUGAUGCGUUGUGGAGGAUAGAGAUGGUGCUUCGUGUUCAUUAUGUUCGGUAUGUUGUGUUGUGCUGAAUUGAUUUAUUUCUUACGCUGUUGGUAUAUGUGCAUGGUAUGUAUUUUAUUUUCUUUUAUGUUGGUCAUUACAGUCUUGUAUCAGAGUUUGUUGAAAUUAUUCAGUUCCUGGGCGGUCCCAGGGGAGCCUGGCAUGUAAUUUGACUUGUAGAUUGCGCUAGAAGCAAGUGUUGCUUUCUUUUUAAGUGCUACAAUGCAUGAAGACUAAGACGAGUCAUACUAUUUAUAGUAUUAUAGAUUUUAUAUAUAUUAAUAUUGAUA